UCUAUCUGUUUCUGGUCUUAUAUAGUUGGUUAUCUGCGAGUAGUUAAGCCUUAUCAUAUCUGCGUGCAACUAAGUUUCAGCUAGGUGAAAUAUAUAGACAUGUCUGGAAACUAUUUACGUUUAUACUUAGUAAGCCUAUUGUGAUAAUUUCACUUUCUCAAUAAAUUUCUCUAUGUCGUAUACAAAUUUGUCGAAAUAUAAAAAAAACUCUUCAUUUUACACAACGAGUAUUUUUAAAUCCAAAUUGCCUGUUUAUGGAGAGGUUACCGUAUCCCCUUCCUAUAAAUCCAAAUGCAAAAUAUCUCUCCAACUCAAUAUCGAAUGUUUUGUACUGCAUUAACAAAUUCGAUAAAAGCACGCUUGCUUGGCCGACCUGCCCAAAGAAACACAGAGUGUGGAAUAGAAAAAAGCGCCAAACGCCUCCGGAAGUUCCUUUAGCCGGAACUGCAUCCUGUAUGAUCCCAAAAAAAAAAUGUUCUAUAUCAAGAAGUAGUGCUAGGGCCGAGAAGAAAAAUACCUUCUACCAAAUUCUUCGGGCCAGUCAAGAUCAGCCGCGUUAUGAAGAAUGUUGCAGAUAUAAACGUAAAAACAAAGAUGCUCAAUUCGAACAUAAUAUUAAAGAUGACAGCACUUACAAUGACAUAUAUGAUAAAGUAGGAACACACCAUCAAUACAAAAAUCAAACGGAAUAUAAAAAGCACCCAGACAGACAUAAAUCAUUGAAUGAACAACCUCAAGUGAAGGAGAUUUUAUACAAUCGUGCAUACGCCACUGACAAAGAAGGAACGCACCUACAAUGCAAAAAAAAACCUGAAAACGAGCAGCAUCCUGAGUGGAAAGUCUAUCAAAUUCGUCCAUCCGUCACUAAGAGCACAGAAUACCAGCAAAGUGCUAAAGGCACAACUCACAAAUCACCUGCUAAGUCAAAACCGAAAGCGAUUCAUAGUCUGCGAGAGAGAACAAAUGAGAUUUCAAUGUCGAAAAGUAACUUAGAUCUGCUUUAUAUGCAAGGCAAACAUCAAGUGAAAAAAACGAGUAAUUUACGACAAGGAUCUGGUAAGAGGAAAGAAAGUUCUAGAGACCAAACACAGAGGUUUAGAAAAUCAACUAACGACGAAAAUCUUAUUCAAAAUAAAUCUAAAAAAAUCACAAAGACAAGUAUACAACAAGAAAAUUUCAAAAAAAGUUCCAAGACCAAGCCUAAUUUUUCCACCACUCAAAAUCCGGUUACAAAUAAACAAAAUGUUCCAGAGGCACCAAUAAAUCCCAGAGAAGGAACUGACAAUAAAAAUGGUAGAUUGUACUCCGAAUUUUCCGCUGUCAAGAAUCAAGAUAGGUCUCUUAAGACCAGUGAUGUGCAGAGAAAGUCCUACGUAGAUAGAGACAAAAUAUCACCAAGAAAAUUAAGUUUCCGGUUAAGGUCAUUUACUAACGAUAAUGAUUCAAAAUUUCUAAUUGUUCGAGGAAGAAAUUCAGCAGGAAAACCAAAUAUGUCUUCUUUGGCCGUCGCCCAAUAAAGGAGAUCUAUAAGAUUCAAGAAAUUACCAAUACGUCUCAAAAAAAGGAAGAAAACAUUGAAAGGGAAAUUGACAAGGCAGAUCCUUAUAUUCAAGGCAGAUCAAAUUGGAGCACUAAUCAGCAGGAACCAAUAACCAAAAAGUUUGAAAAAGAGUUGGUAAAGAUGACUCCUAUUAAACAGAUCUAUAAGGUUGGAGAGAGACCCCAAAAUAUAAAAAUUAAUCAGGGAAGUUUCAAAGAAGAAAUUGAUUUAAAAGCAACUAAACCAAAGCCCAAUUCCAUCAUUGUCAAAGAUUUUUCAAAACAAAUUCACAAAUUACGAAAGGGAUCGAAUAAUCAUAUAAAUUCAAAUGCCAAAUCAAACCGUAAGUCUAUUAAUACAAAACAUCCUAAAAAGAAAUCCAAAACUAUCAAGAAAAAUCAGAAAAGCCCAACAAGUCAGCUGGUAAGGUAAGAACAAGGGUUCCUAUUGCCAAACAUCUUUUAAAAAAUAUUCACAGAGCUCAAAAAAUAUCAAAAACUAGUAGUUCCCAGAAGUUAAAUUACAAGGAAAAAAAAGAAAAGAUAUAUGAUAAGCCGAACAAUAGGACUCCCAUCAAAAAGCCUGAAGAACUGGUAGCCAAGUUAAAAACUUUAAUCACGGAAUCCGGUCCUGUGCCAAAUAUCUAUUUUGUUAGUGCGAGAAAUUCCAAUGGAGGAACCAGACUCCUUGAAUUCAGAAUCAUACCUACCAAAACUCCUGCAAAGAAAAUCAAUCAAGUU